AUGAAUUAUCAUAAAAUUUUAGGUGUAACAAGAAACGCUUGUAAAAAAACAAUUCGUGAGGCAUACUUAAAAAAAGUUAAAUUAUAUCACCCAGAUUUAAAUAAAAGCCCUGAUGCCACAACAAAAUUUAAGCAAAUUCAAGAAGCAUAUCAAGCUCUAUAUAAUGAUAAUUACUCACAAAAAUUGUAUGAUAGUGAAAAUAGUUAUAAUCAAAGACGAAAUUCUGAAAAUAUAAAAAGCAAUAAAAGCUAUAAUAAUUAUAAUGAAUUCAGCGAUUUCCAUAGAGCAUUUUAUGAAGAAUUUCGUAGAAUGUCAAAACAGGAAAAACACGAUGAAUAUGCGAGAUAUGCAAAUAAUAAUUACAGCUACAGCAUUAACGACAUUUUUCAUAAAUAUCCUAGGGAAUUUUUUUACAUAAAUUUAAUGUUUAAAUUAUUUCCCCUAUUUGUGGUUCCGGUUAUAUUCCUUUUUGUUGUCUACAAACAAUAUAUUUUGAAGAGCUAUUUUAAAGAAAAACCAAUACUUGUAUAUGAUUCAUAUGGGCGAGCCUUUUUGAUUGAUACCCAUGGGAGGAAGUUUAGAGCAUCUGAAUUCGAUAAGUAUUAA